AAAUAGUAUUUUUUUAUCCUUACACAUUAUGAAGGUUUAGUAUUAUUAAAGUAAUUAAAUGGCAUUGUAUCAUCAAUUUUAGUAUUGAAUUGUAUGAAGGAUCAACAUGGAUUUGCACGAGCCUGUUAUUUUAGGGAACAGGACAAUCGACCAAUUGUCCCAAGAAGAGAAACACAGGUAUGAUCAUCAGCAAAUGCAUGAGCAACAUAAAGGCCAUGAUAAGAUGCACGCUGAGAUGUUUAUGGUACUAGUUAUAACCUUAAUUGUAGCUCAAUUUCUAUUGAUAGAAUGGAAGAAAAAACAUUAUCGUUCUUAUUCUCUUGUUACCUUAUUAGGUUUAUGGCUGGUGCCAUUCUUUUUUGCCUUAAAAAAUCAUUUUUGGAGAUUCAUAUUUACAUGGUUACUUUUCACUUGCAUAUCAGGACUUAUAGCAAAAAAAGCAAUUGAAAAACCAAUUCAUAGGACAACACCAAGAUUGGUAUAUAAAUGGUUCCUAUUUCUGUAUAAACUAAGUUAUGUUCUUGGUCUCAUAGGUUACUUUGUAUUUCUGGCAACAUUUUUUGGACUGAAUAUUGUUUUUAAUUCAAAACCUAAUUUGUGGAUGGAAAGUGGAACCUUAUUUGUAUUUUAUGGAUUGUAUUAUGGUGUUCUGGGAAGAGAUAUAUCUGAAAUUUGUGCUGAUAAAAUGGCUUCUCAUAUUGGGUAUUACACAGAUCAAGGAAUACCAACCAGACAUUUAGAUCCCAAUGUUUGUGCCGUUUGUGGCAACAAAUUAUUGGUUCCAGAAAAUGAAGAGGGUAUUAUAGAAAACACUUAUAAACUUAGUUGUGAACAUGUGUUUCAUGAAUUUUGUAUAAGAGGAUGGUGCAUUGUGGGUAAAAAGCAGACUUGCCCAUAUUGUAAAGAGAAAGUUGAUUUGAAAAAAAUGUUUUGCAAUCCCUGGGAAAAGCCCCAUGUACUUUACGGACAGUUUCUAGAUUGGAUAAGAUGGUUAUUGGCGUGGCAACCAAUGAUUAUUUUCAUCGUUCAAGGAAUAAAUUGGGUAUUAGGCUUGGAAUAGACAAUUCCAAUUUUCCUUCGAUAAUUUUUGGUCAAUAUUUGUGCACUGAUUCUGUUUGAAUUUACGGUUACUUAUUUAUGAAUUAUAGAAUUUAGUGUUGUUGAUUUAUUUGAAAAUAAAUAAAACAUCUUCAGAGGA